GACGGAUUCGUGCACGCUCACUCGCGCCGCGACGCUCCCUGAUUUAACUUUUGUUUUUCCGUUGGCUUCUGUGACUCCGUGGCUUUAGAGUGGCGUUAUUUUCCGCAAGAGGUAAUUUGGCCUAAUUUGGAGAAGCUUUGUAGAAGAAGGUGAAAAAGACAGCAUGAACUUUACCCCGACACACACCCCUGUCUGCAAAAAGCUGACAACUGUUUCCAGACAUGGUUCUGUAUGUGGCCUCAGUGGUUCUGCCAGGUGGAAGGGAGUGUCUUUUUCAGAUUCAGUGGAGUCAACUCCUUUGCCUUCCAUUGAAGAUCGUCUGGCCGUUCUCUGCCCUUCUCAGGAGCUUCUGGAAUAUUACCAAAAGAAGAUGGCUGAGUGUGAGGCAGAAAAUGAGGAUUUGUUGAAGAAACUGGAGCUAUACAAAGAAGCUUGUGAAGGACAGCACAAACUAGAAUGGGAUUUGCAGCAGAGGGAGGAAGAGAUUGCUGAAUUGCAGAAAGCUCUAAGUGAUAUGCAAGUCUGCCUCUUCCAGGAACGAGAACAUGUUUUGCGCCUCUACUCAGAAAAUGACCGACUGAGAAUCAGGGAGCUAGAAGACAAGAAAAAGAUUCAGAAUCUCUUGGCUCUUGUGAGAACAGACACUGGAGAAGUGACCUAUUUUUUUAAGGAGCCUCCCAACAAAGUCAGCAUUCUCCAAAAGACUAUCCAGGCUGUAGAUACAUGUGAACAGAAUGAAUCUUCAGCUUUCAGAGCAGAUUCUAAAGUAAGCAAUAGAAAACCAGCUAUGAGAGAGAAGAAAGAAAGUUCUGAGCAGUACCAAAGAGACAUACAGACACUCAUCUUACAGGUGGAAGCACUGCAGGCUCAGCUGGAAGAACAGACCAAGCUUUCUAGAGAGCAAGUUGAAGGGCUCAUGGAGGAUAGACGGAUUCUCAUUGAGGAAAUACAAGUUCAUCACCAAAGAAAUCAGGACAGAAUCAAAGAGCUUACCAAAAAUCUUCAUCACACCCAGGAACUGCUCUAUGAGAGUACCAAAGACUUUUUGCAACUCAGAUUUGAAAACCAAAAUAAGGAGAAGUUGUGGAUGCUUGAAAAGGAUCAUUUGGUGUCAAAGAUUAAGCAAUACAGGGUACAGUGUAAGAAGAAAGAAGAUAAAAUUGGAAAAGUUUGGCCAGUUAUUCAUGAGAGUCAUCGUAAACAAAAUGAAUAUAUUAAGUCCUUAAAGGAUAAGUUAGUACAAGAGAAAAAGCUGUCCAACAUGUACCAAGAGCAGUGCAUUUCCCUAGAAGAAGAACUUGCCCGAAUUCGUGAGGAAGAGGGAGUGAGGAGAGAGAUCUUCAAGGACCGCUCUAACAAGAUGGGGAAGCGUUUACAGGUAAUGACAAAACGCUAUGAAGCCUUGGAGAAUCGGCGUAUCUUGGAAGUAGAAGGCUUUAAGACAGAUAUAAAGGUUCUCCGGCAGAAACUGAAAGACUUGGAGCAAAUGCUUUAUAAGGCAACACUUAAUGCCCGGGCAAACCAGGAUCUUGCCGUUCUGUGUGAGGUUCGUGACAGCAAUAGACGGGCACAUAAGAUUCAAGGAGAACUGAAGAACCUAAAGUCCAAAGUAUUUGGUCUGGAGAAUGAACUUAGACUCUGUUGAUGUUUACUCUUAGAAAUGGCCCUGGUCAGUAGUAAGUCUGCUUUCUGGAAUCUGAUAAACAUGUCAUCUUCUCCCAGAGCUGUAGGUGGAAUUGACUAGGGUGGUGGUAUCCUUUAUUAUAAAGACAGGGUGAAGAAUCAGGGACCACUAAAAAAAGCCUUUCUUGCAUGCUAAACUUUAUAAUUUUUGCUGUCCUGUUAACUUCUUUGUCUGGAUUAGAACCUAAAUUACUUAGAAACUUUCCCACAUUAUUUUUUCCAAUUAUAAUGAGAGGUUUUUAUCUUUUAAGAAGACAGUAACCAUGAAAACUCAGGAAGAAAGGAUAUUUGCUGUGAUCUUGGCUGAGUGGCAAUAGGAGAAACACUUUUCUUGAGGAGAUAAAGGCGCCCACCAAGGUUGCCUUUCUCGUGGGCACAUCACAACUGUUGAAUGUGAAUAGGCAGUAAUUCUGCCAAUUUAACUUUCUGUUUUGGGAAGCUGUGAGGCCUUACUUUUAUAGACACCCAAUCUCAUGAAGUUUCACCAGAGGGCGAUAGAGACUCUACUCUUAAGCAAAGUAUUUAUCAAGGAAAAUAAAUGUGGCACUUUGGUAAGAGUGAGUUAAACUUAAGUGAUCCUUGUAUGAAAAGUUCAGUA